AUGGCCAUUUGCAGAUUGUAUUGAAAAAUAUUUUCAGCUUUUCUCAAAUGUUUGAUGCGAUAUAGAAGAAAUAUUACUAAUGCAGAUACAGAAUGAAAUUGCAAAAAUUUAAGUUUAGUCUUAGAUUUUUGCACUUCUUCGUCUAUUAAAAAAUAUUUUUCAAUUAGUGAUUUAAAUAUGAUGCUCUUGAUCAGCCAUUUUUCUGGAUCAAAAUAUAAUGAGCUUUAUCAACAAAAAAAGUUUUCACAGCAUCAGUUGAGUCUUUUGGUAAAAUUGGUAAGAAUAAUACAAAAUUUUCUGAAAGAUUUGGUAUCAAACUAA